CUGGUUUGAUCAUUCGGUUGGGAAAUUCAUAACGUGACUGGUGCGUACGGAGAGCAUGUGUUAACGGCGGCGGUGCCGUGUGUAGAUCCAGUAACAUUUUCGGGUUUUGGAAUAGUCAGUUAGUUGGUGUUUCGAUAGUGGGUGUCGUUCAUCGGAGCAGGAAGGAGAAUGGCUCGGUUCGAGGAAAAUUGUGAGAUUUUGGAAUCGAACGAAUUGGGGCGAUAUUUGGUGGCUAGAAGAGACCUAGCGCGUGGACAACAAAUACUUGUGGAGCAACCGAUCGUCAUUGGACCGUACUGGGAUUCGAAGAUUCGCUGUUUGAAUUGCUUCAGGAGUUCAUGCACUAUUUGCAGGAAAUGCAAAAGAGCACCACUAUGUUUCGAUUGCACGACCCACCAAGAGACCGAGUGCGACUUUUAUCUCAAUUCCGGCCUGAACAUCAACUUCCUGUUUGAUCAUUUCAACGUCGUUACUCCAGUGCGAUGUCUGCUACUAGCCUCAUCAAAUCGCGCCAAAUUCGAUGAAAUGAUGUCCAUGGAAGCGCAUACCAACGAAAGAAGAGAUACGGACAUAUGGCAUGCUCACGAGACGAAAGUCGUUCGACCUUUGCUAGACAGCAAAGCGUUCGAAAAGAUGAACGACCCGAGCGUGACCAGCGAAUUGAUCCAACAGAUAUGCGGAUUUUUCGACGUGAACUCGUUCGAGAUUCGUGGAAAUAUGGACGACGUGCAACAGGUGGAAAGCUUGGUACGGGGUCUGUAUACGAAGGCGGCAUUGAUGGCGCACAACUGCGUAUCCAAUACGCUGAUUUCGGUCGAUGGCCAGGCGAAUCUCAGACUGUACACGACGGUGCCGGUGAAGAAAGGUGAAAUGCUGCUUUACAAUUACACCAGAAGUUUGUUUGGAACGGUCGAACGGAGAACACAUCUCAAGCUUGGAAAAUAUUUUGUUUGUACGUGCAGGCGUUGCGAGGAUCCUACCGAGUUGGGAACGCACUUGAGCUCGGUUAAAUGCACAGGAUGUGACGGUGGACUGUGCUCGUACUAUGCAACAGAAGACAAAUGGCUGUGCAACACAUGUACGAAAGAACUUGAGAAAACAUACGUUAAUAAUGUGCUUUCUGACGCCAGGAAGGAUGCCAUGCAGUGUGCCAAUGACAUUCACGAACUGGAGCGCAUCAUCACCAAACACUCCAAAACACUGCACCCAAACAACUCGAUCCUUUUGGAACUUAAGCAAACCCUCGCCGGAGAAAUCCGAAACCGGUGCCUUAUGUCCCCUCCGUCCAAAGUGCCCGAACAACUACUGGAACGCAAGUUUCACCUGUGUCAGGAGAUGCUCAGCAUAUUGCGAGUGUUGGAACCGGGCAUAUCCCGCCUCACCGGAAUCGCUCUGUACGAGUACAACGUGGCACUGUGGGAUCUGGCUAGGAAAAAGUUCGAAACCAAGGUGAUAUCUGCAAAGGAACUACUGGAAGAACUGAGUAAAGCUGAAGGCGGUCUGAAGGAGUCUAUCAGCAUGUUGCUGUUCGAACAUCCAUCAACACCGGAGGGUCAGUUGACCAAACGAGCAAUGCACGAUCUGAAAGAUCUACGAGAGGAAAUGAAGCAAGUAAAAGUUAUUGUUCCUGAGAUUCAGAAAGAAUAAAAGGAUUUAAAAGUGAAUUAGUUUAGGAAAUAAGAAUUUUAAAACUUAUAUUUAUUCCAAGGCAUAUUAGUAUACAA